AUUCUGAAGCCUUUUUAAGUUUGGACUCAGCUCUGUAAGCUGGUACUUUGCAAUUGUAAUAUUUAAUUACUAAAAUCAUAAUAAUUCCUCAUGAUUCGUCUAACACUUUACUGCAUUCUCAUCGCCUACGUUGUCUCGGUAAAUUGUCAGUCUUUAUCCGAGUCACAUCCAUCUCAACGUACAGAAGAUGAAGAAGUGCCUUUGUGGGAAAAAAAUGAUGGUGACUCCUUGGCUGCUUUAUUGCACAAAUUAGUAAGCUGUGAAUUAGAAAAAAGUGAUGAAGAAUCAGUACAACUCCGUACAACAUUAGAAGUAUUAUAUGCAGCCAGGUUAAGAGUUCACAAUGUAGACAGUUUGAUUUCGGAACAUCUUGAAACAAUAAGAAAAUAUCGAAAGAUGACAUGUUCAGAAUCAGUUUAAGACUGUGGUUAUGACUUAAAUUAGCCGCAUUCAGGAAGCCAAUUAUGCGAUUGAUUACGGGGUUUCAAGUUAUGAAUGUAUUUGAAAAUGACUUGUGUCUUAUUUUUAAUUUGAAUUAAUUGAUAAAUUUGUGUAAAAUAUUAUGGGUUAUCAUAAUUAAUGUUUCGAAAAUAA